AUGGAUCAGAGACACUUUGCUUCUGAAUUGCUCAAAGGUCUCGAUGCCUCUGUCAAGGCAGAUCUCGAGCCCGACCGAAUCACCAAAGUUCAAAUCUUAGCCUUGAUGCACCUACACAACGACGGUCUGAGUGGCUUGGAUCGCUCAUCGGGGUAUCUUUCUCAGGCUAUAUCUGAAGCAUGGGCAAUAUCACUACAUGUGAAAGUUCCCGUCAAUUCCGACCAGGAGCGCUGCGACUUUUUGUGGUGGACACUACGAAAUUUUGAUCGGCUGAACAAGCCCGUCAUGGGCGCUGCUCCGUUCAUGAUUGAUGAUACAGACAUUGGAGUUGCACGCAUUGCUCCCCGAAAGGACCACUACCGAUCUCAGCUGAUGGCCAUAUCUCUUUCCCUUGGAGAUUUGAUGAAAACGGCAACUAGGAUCUACAAAGCUAGCUCAACUGCAACGGAUGAUGACUCUAAUGUAUUUCCGACAUUCUCUGAGGUGACCACUGAGAUUUGCCUGGAUGGAUUCCAGAGAUCCCACAGAUUGUACUUGCAGAUUUGGUACCAUGUCGCCGCUAUGCUCUCCUGUCGCUAUAGCGGGCCGAAGAGCGUCCAGUAUCAGCGACGUCUAUCUUCUGCUGAUAAUGUACUCCGCAUCGUCUGUCUUGAAGGGCCUGCGAAUCUCCCGCCUCUUCCUCUUAUACCUUAUGCUAUGUCAAUGUCUACCACGGUGAUCUAUCGAGCUCUUAGGGAUGGCGAGCGAGUACCAGAAGAAGCGCACAAAGAUCUUGGGGCAUGUUAUGACAACCUCAUCAUCCUCAGUCAACUUUGGACCAGUGCGAAAGGAGUAGCCAAAUUAGUGAGGCGUUUGCAACAAUUUACCAGGCCCAGCGCCCCUCCCAUUCGAACCACAGAGGGUGCCCCAUGUACUUGCGACAACACACAUCAACACGAAGACAUUACUAGGAGCCCCAUCAGCAACUUGAAUAACCUACAGCGACCAACUCAGGGUAUGACUGGAAGCUCGGUGUUACCUGUUUCGAGCCUGGUGCAGCCUAGUGAGGUUUUUCUACCGGAAAAUUACGCAGAUAAUGAUGACCAAUCGGGUACACAAGCUGGUUCUUGGUUUGUUGACGGGCUAUCUUACUCUCAUUUCGACAGGGCCUUUUACGAUUUCUUCGAUUAUGGUAUGCCCAGCCUUUUUCGCGAUUUGGCAACUUGGGAUUUUCUCCAAACAGACGCAAACGACGAUACGGAAGUUUCACCGUCGUAG